AUGGGGAAGAAUAAGCAAAAAGGCAAAAAACAGCAGAAUGUUUUCCAAGUGGCAAACAAACAUCUGAAGGUGAAGAACAAAGCCAAACCCGUCAAGACCUCACUGAAACACAUCAACACACUGAAGAAAGAGAAGGUGGAGAAUCUUAAUCAGAUGUUCACAGAAGUCCAGAGGGAUGUGAAAAGUAUAUCCAAGUCGGUUGCGGUUGAGCCCAUGAAGAAAGCGCCGGUCGUCAAAGAGGCCCCCAAAGAGGCGGUGAACGUGGACAGCGCGGCUCAACUUUUCUCUCAGCUGUAA